UCUUCACUGACUGACUGAACGACUCUCCUCUUUCUCUUCAAUACAACAUCUUCAGCCAAACUCAACUCGAACCGACAGCAUGGGCGAAUGUCCGAUCAAGGAAGUCAACACCGGCGGCGGUGGCACCAGGAACAGCGACUGGUGGCCCAACCAGCUGAAGCUCAACAUCCUCCGCCAGCACACGGCCGUCACCAACCCGCUGGCCAAGGACUUUGACUAUGCGGCUGCCUUCAAGAGCCUGGACUACAAUGGGUUGAAGAAGGACCUCGAGGCGCUGAUGACCGACUCGCAGGAGUGGUGGCCCGCCGACUUUGGCCACUAUGGCGGUCUCUUCAUCCGCAUGGCCUGGCACAGUGCGGGCACAUACCGUGUCUUUGAUGGACGCGGUGGUGGUGGAGACGGCCAGCAACGCUUCGCCCCGCUCAACAGCUGGCCCGACAACGUCAGCCUCGACAAGGCCCGCCGCCUGCUGUGGCCCAUCAAACAGAAGUACGGCAACAAGAUCUCCUGGGCCGAUCUGUACCUCCUCACCGGCAACGUGGCUCUCGAGUCCAUGGGCUUCAAGACCUUUGGCUUUGCCGGAGGACGUCCCGACACCUGGGAGGCCGACGAGUCUGUGUAUUGGGGUGGCGAGACGACUUGGCUGGGCAAUGACGUCCGUUACUCUGGUGGCAAGGAGGGCGUGUCUGGGCAUGGAGUGGUUGACGGUGACGAAUCUCAAAAGAACCACAGCAAUAUCCACACGCGCGAUCUGCAAGAGCCAUUGGCAGCGGCACAUAUGGGUUUGAUCUACGUCAACCCGGAAGGCCCUGAUGGCAUUCCAGAUGCCGCUGCUUCAGCUCGAGACAUCCGCACUACGUUUGGUCGCAUGGCCAUGAACGAUGAGGAGACUGUUGCGUUGAUUGCCGGCGGUCACUCCUUUGGCAAGACGCAUGGUGCAGCUCCCGCUGGCGAUUACGUGGGCAAAGAACCAGCAGCGGCUGGCCUCGAGGCUCAGGGAUUCGGUUGGGAGAACAAGUACAAAUCCGGAAAGGGUCCCGACACCAUCACCAGUGGUCUGGAAGUCAUCUGGACCGCCACCCCUACCAAGUGGAGCAACAAAUACCUCGAGUAUCUCUUCAAGUACGAGUGGGAGCUGACUAAGAGCCCGGGUGGUGCGAACCAAUGGGUUGCGAAGACUACUGACGAGAUCAUCCCCGAUGCCUAUGACGCCAACAAGAAGCACAAGCCGACAAUGUUGACAACUGAUCUCGCACUCAGGGUUGAUCCUGCGUACGAAAAGAUUUCGCGCCGUUUCUUCGAGCAUCCGGAUGAGUUUGCCGAUACGUUCGCCCGUGCCUGGUUCAAGUUGCUGCAUCGCGAUCUUGGUCCACGGAGCCGCUGGCUCGGUCCAGAAAUACCGUCCGAGGAGCUGCUUUGGGAAGACCCGAUCCCAGCUGUCAACCAUGCUCUGGUUGAUGCCAAGGAUAUUGCUGCCUUGAAGAAGGAGAUCCUGGCUUCCGGCGUGGAACCUACCGAAUUCAUCACUACUGCAUGGGCGUCAGCUUCAACUUUCCGCGGUGGAGACAAACGUGGCGGUGCCAAUGGUGCCCGCAUCCGCCUUGCUCCUCAGAAAGACUGGAAGGUGAACAACCCCAAGCAGCUCAGCAAGGUGCUGGACGUGCUGGAGGGCAUUCAGAAGAAAUUCAACGGUGGCUCUAAGAAGGUAUCGCUAGCCGACUUGAUCGUGCUGGCAGGUGUCGCGGCCGUUGAGAAGGCUGCAGGUGUUUCCGUUCCUUUCACCCCCGGCCGUACGGACGCUUCGCAGGAGCAAACCGAUGUUGAGUCUUUCAAGCAUCUGGAGCCGUUUGCCGAUGGGUUCCGCAACUAUGGUCAAUCCACAGCAAAGGUAACCACCGAGCAAUUCCUCGUCGACAAGGCGCAUCAACUCCGGCUCACUGCCCCUGAACUGACGGUGCUCGUUGGUGGCCUGCGCGCGUUGAAUGCCAACUACGACGGAUCUGCUAAUGGUGUCUUCACGAAGCGUCCUGGCCAGCUCACCAAUGACUUCUUCGUCAACCUACUAGACACGAACACGGCUUGGAAGGCCAAGAGCAAGGAACUCUUCGAGGGUGUCGACCGCAAGACUGGCGAGAAGAAGUGGGUUGGUACCCGGGCCGAUCUAGUGUUUGGCUCGCAUGCCGAGUUGCGCGCCCUGUCUGAGGUGUAUGGCUCCUCAGAUGCACAAGAGAAGUUCGUGAAGGACUUCGUUGCCGCUUGGGACAAGGUGAUGAACCUGGACCGAUAUGAUCUGGUUGCCACGGGCAAUAGCGACAAGCCGAGGCUCUGAACCUCACGGUAUGGGUCUUUUGAAGGCUCUGUAGCCUCGACUCUAUUGUAGUUUCCUGCUGCUUUUACGUCAGCGAUCUUCCAUGAAUACUAGCUUCAAGUUCGCCUCUGCUCCCAACGAAGAGCAUGAACCAAUAUACAUACACAUCGAUACUCUUUUCGCCGAACCUUAACAUGCUCAACUUUGUAUAAUAACAUUAUUUCCUUACGAGGAGAACUUGGUGAGAUCGUUGAAGAUAUGCUCUCAGAAUGAGACUUGCUC